ACAUCACGAAAUUUAACGAAUAAUGUCACGUGAGCAAACGCCGCGCUCUCAUUGGUCACAGUACGGCGGCGAAGAUGGCGGAGUCGGAGAUGUGUGCGAGGAGUAGUCGGGAGUUGUGGACCAUCUUACUUGGAAGAUCUGCUUUGCGGGAACCGGCCCAGAUAGAAGCAGAAUUGGAGAGAAAUGGAGAACGGCUGCUGCAGGGCCUUUCCUACUACAAACCACCUAGUUCUUCAUCAGCAGACAAGCUGAAAGUGAAUAAAGAUGUGGCUCAAACUCUUAAAGACUUUGCACUUCGCAUCAGCAAAUUACUGGGUCUUGAUGAACAGCAGAGUGUGCAGAUUCUGCAGUGUUACCUGCAAGAGGACUACAGAGGGACUCGUAACACACUAAAGACAGUACUGCAGGAUGAGAGACAGAGCCAAGCCUUACUGCUUAAGAUAGCAGAUUAUUACUAUGAGGAGAGGGUGUGUCUUCUGCGCUGUGUUCUUCUUCUUCUCACCUACUUUCAGGAUGAAAGGCAUCCCUAUAGGGCAGAGUAUGCUAGCUGUGUGGGGAAAUUGGAGAAGGACUUGGUGUCUAACUACCAGCAGCAGUUUGAAACUCUGUUCAAUGCAGAAGCACCAACAUGGGAAACCCACGGGAACUUGAUGACGGAGAGGCAGGUGUCUCGGUGGUUUACUCAGUGUCUGAGGGAGCAGGCCUUACUGCUGGAGGUUUUGUUCUUGUACUACGCUUACUUUGAGAUGCCUCCUACUGACCUGAUGACCUUUACUCGGCUGUUCAAGGAGCAGGGCUUUGGGCAGCGACAAACCAACAGACACCUCGUGGACAAGAGCAUGGAUGCACUAGUGGACCGAAUCGGAUAUUUUAGCUGCUUGAUUCUGAUCGAGGGGAUGGAUAUUGAUUUUCUUCAUAAAUGUGCUCUCGAGGACCGAACCGAACAGCACCAACUCUUCAGCACACAUGACAUCAACAAGGACAUGGAUCAGAUGCUGCUGACUUUUGGUGAUAUCCCUCAUCACGGUCCAGUUCUGUUGGCUUGGGUUCUCCUCAGACACACACUCCAGCCAGUGGAGGCUGGUCCUGUCAUCAGACGGUUGGGGCACACGACAUUUCAGCUGGGAGUGUUCCAGCAUCUCACAGAUAUGCUGAAAGCCCUCGGCAACACCGGCAACAAUUGCACUGCUAGUACUGCUCGAAUGUGUAUCUAUGGUCUCCUCUCGUUUGUGGUCACCUCGUUUGAAGAGGACACUCUGGGCAGCCAGCAGCAUCUGAUCAACGCUGCCUGUGAGGUCCUCGCAGCCCCCAGUUUAGCUGAGCUGUUCUGGGAGAUGAAGCCCAACGUGGGUCUGGAGAUGAUCCUGGACUCUGCAGUUGGAGUGUUUCCUCACAAGACUGGACCAUUGCUGCAGUUACUCACAGCCCUGCUUUCUGACAAAUCUACUGCUAAAAGGGUCUACAUGUUUUUGGAUAAAAUGUCCUUCUACACAGAGGUGUACAAACACAAACCCAACGAUGUGCUCUCCAGAGAGGAUGAAACGCUGUGGAGGAGACAGACUCCUAAACUCCUUUAUCCUCUGGGUACCGGUCAGACCAACCUGAGGAUGCCUCAGGGCUGUUAUGGGCAGGUAUGUGUAGGGGAGCAAGGUUACGUGGUGCGCUGGGAUUACUCCUACAGCGCCUGGACCCUCUUCACCUGUGAGAUAGAGAUGCUGCUACAUGUGGUCUCCACUGCAGAUGUGCUCGCCCAUUGUGAGAGAGUGAAGCCAAUAUUAGACCUGGUCCAUAAAAUCAUUAGUACUGACUGGACGGUUUCUGACUGCUUGCUGCCACUGACCUCAAGAAUCUACAUGCUGCUACAGAGAUUGACGUCAGUCAUAAACCCACCAGUGGACGUGAUCGCCUCCUGUGUCAACUGUCUCAUUGUACUCGCCACACGGCAACCUGCAAAGGUUUGGUCCAGCCUGCAGCACACUGGCUUCCUGCCCUUCGCAUCUAUCCCCCUAACUACCCUGGCACAGACUAUAAGCGCUGAGGGAAUGAAGGCAGGAAACUAUGGAAACCUGCUGGUCUUGAUUGAACAGCCUCGAGGAGAGUAUGCAGUGACCAUCGCCUUCCUGAGACUGGUCACUACACUUGUCAAGGGUCAGGUGGGCAGUACGCAGAGCAAAGGGCUUAUUCCCUGUGUGCUCCUGGUGUUGAAAGAGAUGCUACCUACGUACCACAAAUGGCGCUAUAACACACAUGGUGUCCGAGAGAAAAUUGGUUGUCUGAUUUUGGAGUUGGUUCAUGCCAUUCUCAAUCUGAGCCCUGAGGGGGAGUCAGAGGGCAGCGCCCCCAGUCCGCAGUCUCUGUGUAUCUACAGUCUGGCCAACACUGAGGCAGGCCAGGCUGUGGUUAAUAUUAUGGGUGUUGGCGUGGACACCAUCAACGUAGUGCUGGCCGCUCAGCCAAGCAGCAGUGGUAGCUGUGAAGGUCCAGGGCAGGUUUUAAUUCAGACGGUAAAACUGGCCUUUUCAGUCACCAACAACGUCAUUCGACUCAAACCACAGUCGGACACGGUUUCACCCCUGGAGCAGGCUCUCACGCAGCAUGGUGGCCAUGGCAACAAUCUUAUUGCAGUUUUGGCUAAGUACAUUUACCACAAGCAUGACCCAGCCCUGCCGAGACUCGCUGUCCAGCUGCUGAAGAGAUUAGCUUCGGUGGCUCCCAUGUCAGUGUAUGCUUGUCUGGGCAGUGAUGCAGCAGCAAUCAGAGAUGCAUUUCUCACACGGCUGCAAAGCAAAACCGUGGACCUACGGAUCAAAGUCACCAUCCUCGAGUUCCUCACCGUGGCUGUGGAAACACAACCUGGACUCAUUGAGCUCUUCCUCAAUCUUGAAACCAAGGAUGGCAGUGAAGGGGCAAAGGAGUUCUCUCUUGGUGAGUGGAGCUGUCUGGCUGUAGUUCUGGAGCUGUUAGACUGUGAGCUACAGGGGCAGUACUGGUGCCCACCUUUGCUGCAGAGAGCUGCCCUGGCCUUCCUUCAUGCCCUGUGGCAGGACCGCAGAGACAGCGCACUGUCUGUCCUCCGCACCAAGGAGAAGUUCUGGGACAAUCUCACCACGCCUCUGUUUGGGACCUUGCCUUCACCAUCUGAGACCACCGAGCCGUGUGUUCUGGAGUCUUGUGCCUUCGUAAUGAAGAUCAUAGGCCUUGAGAUCUACUAUGUAGUCAGUGGUCAGCUGGAGGGCUCUCUAAAAGCAGCGCUACAGCGGCUGAGCACCCAGCGGAGGUACGAGUUCUGGUCUCAGUAUGUGAGGGAGCUGGUUUGUGCUGCCUGUGACGGAGAGGACGGGGGAGUGAGGUCACUGCUUGAGUCUCAGAUGCUCAUCUCAGCCUGGAGGACCCUGCUCAUACUCUCCACCAGUCACUCUGAAGUAAUGCAGAUAAAGGAAGACUCGGUUAGAAUGAAGCUGUUCAUGGAUGUUCUGGAGGGCACAAAAGCAGCAUUGCUGAUGCCUCAGUCUGUAGCAUGUCUGCGUCUGGGCUCCAUGAUGGCCACCCUGCUGCUGAUCCUCCUCAAACAGUGGAAGAGUGUGCUGGUGUCGGCUCCUGCUCUGUUGCCGCCCCUCUCUCUGAUGCUGGAGAGCGUCCUGCAGGCUGAUCAGCUGCUGAUGGAAAGAACCAAAGCAAAGCUCUUCUCAGCUCUUAUAUCUGCUCUACACAUUCAGGGCCUUAACGGUGGAGAAAUUACCCAGCUACCCCAGCUGCUUCUGUGUGUAUGUGAGACAGUCCAGGAUGAAGCCCUGGCGUUGAUUGACAGCACACGGCACAUGACAAAGAGAGACGAGGUCCAGGAAGACAGCAUGGAGACGGAUGCGCCACGCAAUGUGCAGAAAGACCAGCGAGACUCGGUGUGUGUGUUGGCUCUGCACCUCUCUAAAGAGCUGUGUCGGGCUGAUGAGGAUGGUGAGCAGUGGCUGCAGGUGAUGAGGAAGCUGCCAGUUCUGCCUUCGGUUCUGAGUGCGCUAGAGCUCAGCCUGCGUUCCAAACAAAACCUUUACUUCACUGAGGCGGCACUGCAUCUGCUGCUCACCCUCGCUAGAACACCACAGGGGGCAGCAGCAGUAGCAGGUGCUGGAGUGAUUCAGAGCAUCUGUCUCCCUCUGCUCAGCGUGUAUGAGGGUCCAGCUAAUGGAGCCACACAGGCAUUCGCCCGUAAGCCCCUAGAUGCACCCUGCUGGCCAGGCGUGUAUCGUCUCUGUCUAUCUCUUAUGGAGAGUCUGCUUAAGACGCUGCGCUACAACUUCAUCAAUGAGGCUCUUGACUUUGUGGGUGUUCAUCAGGAGCGUAUUCUUCAGUGUCUGAGUGCAGUACGAACAGUGCAGUCUUUAGCGUGCUUGGAUGAAGCAGAUCACACAGUGGGCUUCCUGUUACAGCUCUCCAGCUUCUGCAAAGAGUGGCAGUUCCACCUCCCUCAGUUACUCAGAGACGUGCAGGUGAAUCUGUGUUACCUGUGUCAGACAUGUACAUACCUCCUCCACAGCAAGAAAAUGCUCCACCAUUACCUCCAGGCAAAGAACGGAGAUUCUCUACCUCAGGGAUCUCGCCCUCAGCGGGUUCUCCCGCCCACCUCCAAAGAGCAGACGCAGGGUGGAGAGAGAGACGAGGCGGAGUCUAAAGCCUUGCAGGCGGUGCAGUGCAGCCUUCUGAAGAUUCUGAGCAAAACACUGGCCACCUUACAGCACUUUACACCAGACUGCUGCCAAAUCCUGCUAGACCAGUCUAUGGACCUUGCGGAGUACAGGACUCUGUUUGUGUUGAGCUUUACUACACCUGCCUUUGACUCAGACGUCGCACCGUCAUUUGGAACUCUGCUGGCCACCAUUAACGUGGCGCUGAGCAUGCUGGGAGAGAUCGAGAAGAAGAAGGAGCCAGCUGUCUCCUCAGAAGAAACACAAGCACUGAAGUCACUGCUGAUGUUCUCAAUGGAGAACUGUUUCUAUGUGCUGAUCUCUCAGGCCAUGCGCUGUCUGAAGGAUCCAGCUGUUCUUCCUCGUGACAAACAGAGAGUCAAGCAGGAGCUCAGCUCUGAACUGAGCACGCUGUUGACCACGCUGUUCCGUUUUUUCCGCCGUGGGUCCCCCUCCUCCCCGGCCAGCGGCCUGCUGCCUUCCCCUCAGACCAAACCCACCACCCCAGGAGCUAAAGUUACACAGGAAGGCCAGGAACCCUUCAUCCAGCUGGUGCAGGCCUUCGUACGGCACGUCCAGCGCUGAGGGGGGGCACAGGGCUGCUGUAGAACCAAAUAAACACACAUAAGACACGCCUCAAAGAACAUCCAAGAGACCAGAGCAUCCUCAGCUUGAUGCAGCCCUGUUUGCUUCAGGCCUCGAAGUGAACGUGAGGAGAGCACAGCUUCCUGUCUUACACUGAGCUCUCUAAGCCUCUGUUUAUAACCAGGUCAAAUUAUUCUAGGUGUUUUCCAGUUUCCACAGGCCUAGUUUUAUAGGCUGGUUUCUGUGAAAUCCAGUGCAGUAGCUUAAUUGGUGCUGGUUAAGCUCUUAUUUCACUAAAGGUGAACUCUGUCUGAUGUUAACAAUCCAGUAAAGUGAAAUAAAUAAAAUAAAAGAGACAUUUCACACCUCUGCCUCCAAUGCAAUCUGUAUCCUAGCGUUUAUUUACCACAUAAAACAUUUUUCACUGAAAAAAUGCUUGUAAUAGUCUUUUUUUUUCCGGGAACUCCUCAUGUAGUGAUAUCAGUCUGUUUGUAUUGUUUGAUGUGUAUAUUGUAUUGUAUGUGCUUCUGUUAUUAUGCUUUCCAGCUACUAAAUAUUAUGCUUUUUAUAUUAUAAAAGUGGAUAUUUCAUCGGAAUGCCAAUAUUUCUACCACCUGAAAUGAUAUUUUUGACAUUGUAGUUUGUUUCUACAAUAAAAUAAAGGAUUUAGAGGUUC